AUGCACCAGCAGCCCGAGCAGCACCCUGAAGAGGUGAACUAUGCAAGUAGCACCAGGAUUCCUCUCCCUGGUGACGGACCAGCUAUUCAGUCAAACAGUUCAGCACCAUCCAAGCAAACUGUUCUCUCUUGGCAAGCUGCAAUCGAUGCUGCUAGACAAGCAAAGGCUGCCCAAAACAUGAGUACCACCACAGCCCAGCCUGUAGGAUCUCUGUCCCAAAGAAAACGCCAGCAAUAUGCCAAGAGCAAAAAACAGGGUAAUACGUCCAAUAGUCGGCCACCCCGUGCCCUUUUCUGUUUAUCCCUCAACAAUCCAAUACGAAGAGCCUGCAUUAGUCUAGUAGAAUGGAAACCAUUUGACAUAUUUAUACUACUGUCUAUUUUUGCCAAUUGUGUGGCCUUAGCUGUUUACAUCCCAUUCCCAGAAGAUGAUUCUAAUUCAACUAAUCAUAAUUUGGAAAAAGUAGAAUAUGCCUUCCUGAUAAUUUUUACAGUUGAAACAUUUUUGAAGAUUAUAGCAUAUGGAUUAUUAUUGCACCCCAAUGCAUAUGUUAGAAAUGGAUGGAAUUUAUUGGAUUUUGUAAUAGUAAUAGUAGGAUUAUUUAGUGUAAUAUUGGAACAAUUAACCAAAGAAACAGACGGUGGCAGCCACUCAGGUGGCAAACCUGGUGGCUUUGAUGUCAAAGCCCUAAGAGCCUUUCGUGUACUGCGACCUCUCCGACUCGUAUCAGGAGUGCCCAGUUUACAAGUUGUCCUGAACUCCAUUAUAAAAGCCAUGGUCCCCCUCCUCCAUAUUGCCCUUUUGGUAUUGUUUGUAAUCAUAAUCUAUGCUAUUAUAGGAUUGGAACUUUUUAUUGGAAAAAUGCACAAAUCUUGUUUUCUUAUUGAUUCAGAUAUACUAGUUGAAGAUGAUCCAGCACCUUGUGCAUUCUCAGGGAACGGCCGUCAGUGUGUCAUGAAUGGCACUGAAUGUAAGGGUGGAUGGGUUGGACCAAACGGAGGCAUAACCAACUUUGAUAAUUUUGCAUUUGCAAUGCUGACUGUGUUCCAGUGUAUAACCAUGGAAGGAUGGACUGAUGUGUUGUACUGGGUAAAUGAUGCAAUAGGAUGUGAGUGGCCAUGGAUCUAUUUUGUUAGUCUUAUCAUCCUUGGCUCAUUUUUCGUACUUAACCUGGUUCUUGGUGUACUUAGUGGAGAAUUUUCCAAAGAGAGGGAAAAAGCCAAGGCCCGAGGGGACUUUCAGAAGCUACGUGAAAAACAACAGCUAGAAGAAGAUCUGAAGGGAUAUUUAGACUGGAUAACCCAGGCUGAAGACAUUGACCCCGAGAACGAUGAGGAGGCUGAUGAAGAAGGCAAGAGGAACAGGCUUACACUGGCUGACUUAAUGGAAGACAAGAAGAAAAGCAGACUUAGCUGCUUUGGCCGUUCUUCCAAUAAACAUGCGAGCAUGCCCACCAGCGAGACCGAGUCGGUGAACACGGAGAACGUCAGCGGGGAAGGGGAGAGCCCGGCGUGCUGCGGGAGUUUGUGUCAAACCAUCUCAAAAUCCAAGUUCAGUCGACGCUGGCGUCGCUGGAACCGCUUUAACAGAAGAAAAUGUAGGGCUGCAGUAAAAUCUGUCACAUUUUAUUGGCUAGUUAUUGUCUUGGUCUUUUUGAACACGUUAACUAUCUCAUCAGAACAUUACAAUCAACCUGACUGGCUGACCCAGAUCCAAGAUAUCGCAAAUAAAGUUCUUCUGGCUUUAUUCACCUGUGAAAUGUUAGUAAAGAUGUACAGCUUGGGCCUGCAGGCCUAUUUUGUUUCUCUCUUUAACCGCUUUGAUUGCUUCGUUGUUUGUGGUGGCAUUGUUGAAACCAUUUUGGUGGAGUUGGAAAUUAUGUCACCCCUUGGAAUUUCAGUGUUUCGCUGUGUUCGUCUCCUGCGUAUUUUUAAAGUAACAAGGCACUGGGCAUCCCUGAGCAACUUGGUAGCAUCCUUGUUAAACUCAAUGAAGUCCAUUGCUUCACUGUUGCUUCUGCUUUUCCUCUUCAUCAUAAUCUUCUCGUUGCUUGGAAUGCAGCUGUUUGGAGGCAAAUUUAAUUUUGAUGAAACUCAAACAAAACGGAGCACCUUCGAUAAUUUUCCACAAGCCCUUUUAACUGUAUUCCAGAUCCUAACAGGAGAAGAUUGGAAUGCUGUCAUGUAUGAUGGCAUAAUGGCAUACGGUGGUCCCUCAUCCUCAGGCAUGAUUGUCUGUAUAUAUUUCAUUAUCCUCUUCAUCUGUGGUAACUAUAUCUUGCUAAAUGUCUUUUUGGCCAUUGCUGUGGAUAACUUGGCAGAUGCUGAAAGUCUAAAUACAGCUCAGAAGGAAGAAGCUGAAGAAAAGGAAAGGAAAAAGAAUGCGAGAAAGGAGAGUCUGGAAAAUAAAAAAAGUGAGAAGUCAGAAGGUGACCAAAAGAAGCCCAAGGAUAGUAAGGUGACAAUUGGUGAAUAUGGAGAAGGAGAGGAUGAGGAUAAAGAUCCCUAUCCCCCCUGUGAUGUACCAGUAGGUGAAGAUGAAGAAGAUGAGGAGGAUGAACCAGAGGUGCCAGCAGGCCCACGUCCCCGUAGAAUAUCAGAGCUCAACAUGAAGGAGAAGAUAACACCAAUCCCUGAAGGGAGUGCCUUCUUCAUUUUCAGCAGCACCAACCCAAUUCGAGUGGGAUGCCACAGACUUAUCAAUCACCACAUCUUUACCAAUCUCAUCCUUGUCUUCAUCAUGCUGAGCAGUGUUUCCUUAGCAGCAGAAGAUCCAAUUCGCAGCCACUCUUUUCGAAAUAAUAUACUUGGUUACUUUGACUAUGCUUUCACAGCCAUCUUUACUGUUGAAAUCCUGUUAAAGAUCCUAGGGUAUGCAGAUUAUGUCUUCACUAGUAUGUUUACAUUUGAGAUCAUUUUGAAGAUGACAGCUUUUGGAGCAUUCCUUCAUAAAGGGUCCUUCUGCAGGAAUUAUUUUAAUUUGCUGGAUUUGCUGGUCGUGGGUGUUUCUCUGGUAUCAUUUGGGAUUCAAUCAAGUGCUAUCUCAGUCGUGAAGAUUCUCAGAGUUUUAAGAGUCUUGAGGCCUUUAAGGGCAAUAAACAGAGCAAAAGGACUUAAGCACGUUGUUCAAUGUGUCUUUGUAGCUAUUAGAACUAUUGGUAAUAUCAUGAUUGUUACAACUCUGCUGCAAUUCAUGUUUGCUUGUAUUGGGGUGCAGCUUUUUAAGGGAAAAUUCUACAAGUGCACUGAUGAGGCAAAACAGAACCCCGAGGAAUGCCGAGGGAUUUACAUCGUUUAUAAGGAUGGAGAUGUUGAUAGUCCCAUGGUCAAGGAGAGGGUCUGGCAAAACAGUGAUUUCAACUUUGACAAUGUUCUGUCUGCUAUGAUGGCCCUUUUCACAGUCUCCACCUUUGAAGGCUGGCCAGCGCUGCUAUACAAAGCCAUUGAUUCGAAUGGCGAGAAUGUAGGACCUGUAUACAACUACAGAGUGGAGAUCUCCAUUUUUUUCAUCAUCUAUAUCAUCAUUAUUGCUUUCUUCAUGAUGAACAUAUUUGUUGGUUUUGUGAUUGUUACAUUCCAAGAACAGGGAGAACAAGAGUACAAGAACUGUGAGCUGGACAAAAAUCAGCGUCAGUGCGUAGAGUAUGCCCUGAAGGCACGUCCUCUCCGUAGAUAUAUCCCAAAAAAUCCUUACCAGUACAAGUUCUGGUAUGUGGUGAAUUCUACUGGAUUUGAAUACAUCAUGUUUGUUCUCAUCAUGCUGAACACUCUUUGCUUGGCUAUGCAGCACUAUGGACAGUCUAAGCUAUUUAAUGACGCGAUGGAUAUUAUGAAUAUGGUUUUCACAGGCGUGUUCACUGUUGAAAUGGUUUUGAAACUGAUUGCAUUCAAACCCAAGGGCUAUUUUAGUGAUGCCUGGAAUACGUUUGACUCCCUCAUCGUUAUUGGCAGCAUAGUAGACGUCGUUCUCAGUGAAGCUGAUCACUAUUUCACUGAUGCAUGGAACACUUUUGAUGCCUUAAUUGUUGUUGGUAGCGUCGUUGAUAUUGCUAUAACAGAAGUUAAUCCAAAGCCAACUGAAACAGUCACAACUGAUGAGUCUGGGAACUCUGAGGACAGCGCUCGGAUCUCCAUCACUUUUUUCCGUCUCUUCCGUGUGAUGAGGUUGGUGAAGCUGCUGAGCAGAGGAGAAGGAAUCAGAACAUUGCUCUGGACAUUUAUCAAGUCAUUUCAGGCUCUGCCUUAUGUUGCCCUUCUGAUAGCCAUGCUGUUCUUCAUCUAUGCUGUCAUUGGAAUGCAGGUAUUUGGGAAAGUGGCCAUGAGGGACAACAAUCAAAUAAACAGAAACAACAAUUUUCAGACUUUUCCCCAGGCUGUGCUUCUUCUCUUCAGGUGUGCAACUGGAGAAGCCUGGCAGGAAAUCAUGCUGGCAUGUUUGCCUGGGAAGCGCUGUGAUCCAGAAUCUGAUUAUAAUCCUGGGGAAGAAUACACCUGUGGAAGCAAUUUUGCUAUCAUUUAUUUUAUCAGUUUUUACAUGCUCUGUGCAUUUUUGAUUAUAAACUUAUUUGUGGCUGUCAUUAUGGAUAAUUUUGAUUACUUGACACGUGACUGGUCUAUUCUUGGCCCCCAUCAUUUGGAUGAAUUCAAAAGAAUAUGGUCAGAAUAUGACCCUGAAGCAAAGGGAAGGAUAAAGCACCUUGAUGUGGUGACAUUGCUGAGACGGAUUCAGCCACCACUUGGUUUUGGCAAGUUAUGCCCUCACCGAGUGGCCUGCAAGAGGUUAGUAGCCAUGAAUAUGCCACUAAACAGUGAUGGGACCGUCAUGUUCAAUGCUACUUUAUUUGCUUUGGUUAGGACUGCUCUAAAGAUAAAAACAGAAGGUAACCUGGAGCAAGCCAAUGAAGAACUUAGAGCAGUCAUAAAAAAAAUAUGGAAGAAAACAAGCAUGAAAUUACUUGACCAAGUUGUCCCUCCUGCUGGCGAUGAUGAGGUAACCGUGGGGAAGUUCUAUGCCACCUUCCUGAUACAGGACUACUUUAGGAAAUUCAAGAAACGCAAAGAACAAGGACUGGUGGGGAAAUAUCCUGCGAAGAACACCACGAUUGCUCUGCAGGCAGGACUAAGGACACUUCAUGAUAUUGGCCCAGAAAUACGCCGAGCUAUAUCCUGUGACUUGCAAGAUGAUGAACCAGAGGAAAACAAUCCAGAGGAGGAGGAGGAAGAUGUUUAUAAAAGGAAUGGUGCCCUCUUUGGCAACCACAUAAACCACAUUAGCAGUGACAGACGAGAUUCAUUUCAGCAAAUCAACACCACACACCGUCCCUUACAUGUCCAGCGGCCUUCAAUUCCCUCUGCAAGUGAUACUGAGAAAAACAUGUAUCAUCAGGCAGGAAACUCUGUGUACCACAACCAUCAUAAUCACAACUCGGUAGGAAAGCACGUCCCAAACUCAACAAACGCCAAUCUCAAUAAUGCCAACGUGUCCAAAGUCCAUGGAAAACACACCAGUUUUGGGAAUCGUGAGCAUAGAUCUGAAAACAGUUACCGUUCACACUCCAGGACUGACCACGAGAAGCGUAGAAGGCCAAGCAGUAGGAGAGCACGCUACUAUGAAACAUAUAUCAGAUCUGACACUGGUGAUGGGCGCCGACCUACCAUUCGCCGGGAAGAACAUGAAGUCCAAGACUAUUGCAAUGAUGAUCAUUAUUUGGGAGAGCAGGACUAUUACAGUGGAGAAGAAUAUUAUGAAGAUGACAGUAUGUUGUCAGGAAACAGGCAUAGAUAUGAUUACCACUGUAGAUAUCACUGCCAUGACUCAGAUUUUGAGAGACCAAAAGGUUACCAUCACCCACAUGGUUUUUUUGAGGAAGAUGAUUCACAGAUCUGUUAUGAUACAAAAAGAUCUCCUAGGAGACGGCUGCUACCUCCAACACCACCACCACACAGACGAUCUUCCUUUAACUUCGAAUGCCUCCGCCGACAGAGUAGCCAAGACAACAUCCCACUCUCUCCUAACUUCCACCAUCGCACGGCUUUGCCACUUCACUUAAUGCAACAGCAGGUGAUGGCUGUGGCAGGUCUGGAUUCCAGCAAAGCUCAUAAACAUUCACCGAGUCGUUCAACGCGUUCCUGGGCCACCCCACCUGCCACCCCUCCCAACAGGGACCGUUCCCCCUACUACACCCCCCUGAUCCAGGUGGACAGGGCUGACUCCACAGAACACAUGAAUGGCAGCCUGCCUUCCUUGCACAGGAGCUCCUGGUACACGGAUGACCCCGACAUUUCCUACAGGACAUUCACACCAGCCAGCCUGACCAUCCCCAACGACUUCAGGCACAAACACAGUGACAAGCAGAGGAGCGCAGACAGCCUGGUGGAAGCGGUUCUUAUAUCUGAAGGCCUGGGAAGGUAUGCAAAGGACCCUAAAUUUGUUUCAGCUACAAAACAUGAGAUUGCUGAUGCAUGUGACAUGACUAUUGACGAGAUGGAGAGUGCAGCAAGUAACCUUCUCAAUGGAAAUAUCAGCAAUGGGACCAAUGGUGAUAUGUUUCCAAUUUUAAGCAGACAAGAUUAUGAACUUCAAGAUUUUGGUCCUGGCUACAGUGACGAAGAGCCAGAAAUGGGACGAUACGAAGAAGACUUAGCUGAUGAAAUGAUAUGCAUUACAAGCUUAUAG